AUGUCGAAGGAGACGGACAGCGACUCGGAGCCGCAGCAGCUCCAGUACAAGGUGAUCAUCCUCGGGGAUGGCGCCGUGGGGAAGACUUCCAUCGCCAUGCGGCACACGGAGGACAACUUCUCCACGACGUACAAGCAGACGAUCGGCUUGGACUUCUUCCUCAAACGCAUGGCACUGCCAAGUGACACGCAGGUGACGCUGCAGAUUUGGGACAUCGGCGGCCAGAGCAUCGGCGGCAAGAUGCUCAAGAAUUAUAUUUAUGGGGCCCAGGGCGUGUUGUUGGUGUACGACAUCACCAACUACGAGAGCUUCCAGAACCUCGAGGACUGGUACCGCCUCGUGCGUCGCACUUUCGACGACGAGCGCAUGCCGUACGUGGCGCUCGUCGGCAACAAGUCCGACCUGAACCACCUGCGCGCCGUCAAAGUGGCCAAGCACAAGCAGUUCACAGAGGAGAACGACCUCAAGAGCUUCUUCGUGUCCGCCAAGACCGGAGACCAGGUGAACACGACCUUCCGCCAGGUGGCAGCGGAUUUGACCGGUAUUUCUCUAACCAAGACGGACCUGGAGGUGGAGGCGCCCGUGCUCAAGGCGCAGAUCGUCAACCACGAGCAACACGACCCCGACGUCAAGACGCCCGACAUUCGCAGCCAGCAGAACCCCAAGUGUUGCAUCCAGUAG